UUAAAACCAGUAUAUUUGUGACAUAUUUUUACACUUUUCACUAAUUCAUAACCAUUUCAUACACCGACAAACCGCACAAGGCGACACCCGCGGAAUGCGUCUGACUGCAGUUGUCGAUCUAGGCGCGAUGUGGUCUUUUUUUCGAUGACGAUGGUCGAUUUAAAACUACCUUUUCUGGUCAACGCAGAUUUCAGACACCAGAAUCAAAGAUGCAAAAGACAUGAAUGUAAAGUUGCACAAGGAGCUGGUGAUCCCAUCUGCUCAUUAUCACAGAGCGUCUCAGAGGCGAGAAAUAUCCAACGUUCAUGUAAAAUUACCCAAACUUGCAGGUAAUCAAGAGAUACCUGCAAGACAAAACGCUGUUUGGAGAAGACUUUGAGGAAUAAUAAAACAGACUAUUUGCCGAAUAAGCCCUUUGCGUUAUUGGAGAGGUUUGUCAAGCUUUCCUGAGGAUGUUUCCGCGGGAUGAUUGCGAUCUGGUAUGGGCUCCGCUCCUGGAUCCCAGCCUCAAUUACCUAAGCUGUUAGCGCAGAAAUGCGCCUGCGACCGCUUCAUCGACGCCAAAUUCACGAUCAGGCAAGAAAAGUGCUCGCUCGUGCGACGUCAGCAGCUACUACCACUGCGCCACCAAGAAAUUUAUCUCCAGUUCGUGUGGAUCAAAGUGUUUGUUUUUUUCUUUGGGGAGAAAACAGCUUGUUGAAAAGAAAUCUAAAACGUCAGAGUGGAUACGAUUACUUGAAAAUUUCAGCACCUCGGUAACUUUAUAUCUCGGUAUGAAGAACAAGCCAUUUUUUGUCGUGACCGCAUACAAGACGGCGUGUUCCAUCAUCAGUAAGUUGACAAGAAAAUGGCUUGGUUGCGUCGCCACGUCAGUGCCUUCUGAGCGUGCGUUCUCGACGAAGGAAGCGUUGCCAAUGUAAAAAGCUGCUGCUGCGCUCACACCGGACAUGUCUGGACACGUAGUGAUUCUCACCCAGAAUGCAAAGUCGGGCUUCAAAAACGAUGUCGGUGCUCCAAUUUCUGAUGGUAAAGGUGAUUAUCUUUCAAUUUGGAAAGCGAUCUUAGCCUUCAGUUUUUGUUCUAGAAUGCGAUGGCAUGGCCCAUGAACAACGAAUCUAAGUUGAAUGCGUGACGCAAGUUCUGAGUCGCUUCUUGCUUUAGAAUUAUGAUGAUUCCGGUCUUGGGAUGCGGUGAGGGCGCUCUCAACAGACUGGAGCAGAUUUCUCCAAAUUGUCGCUGCCGGGGCACGAGAAGCGUAGCGCGCUGUUUCAAUAUCCUAGAAUUUUUCAAUGUAAGCAUUAAUUUAUUUUACGCAAGAAAUCGCAUUUUCUGAAAUUUCGCUUGUGCUUCUUGGCGGUUUGACGCAUACACACGCCGUUCGCCGCUGGACUCGCCAAAACCACGUCCUUGCUCCGGCCA